ACUGAGUAUGGAGAAGUAUAAAAAGAGGAAAGGUCACUGAACUCACCUUAGUCGUUGAAAGAAACUGAAGCAGACAAACCAGUGAGGCUGCAGUGCAGAGCAAAACCAUGAAGUUGUUGGUCCUGAUUUUAACCCUUACCCUGCUGUUCACAGCUGGCGGUGCUCUAGACUGUCAUCGCUGUGUUCCAAAACGGGCCGGAGGGACCUGUCAGCUCACAGUUGAGACUUGUAAGCCAAAUAAGGAUGCCUGUGUUGCAGCCAAGUUCCUCCGAGAACCAUUUGGCCGAUUUCAGAGGUGCAUUGCCCUCUCAGACUGCAAAAUGCUGGAGAUGAACGCCUACAUAAACAUAAAGUGCUGCACCGAAGACAUGUGCAACACCUUUAUUCCAAAUUAAAGAAAAGAGGUCAGCUGAGCAUCAAGGACCUAACCUUAAAUGGGUUCUAAGGCUGAAUGCAGCUCCGGUGGGCAUUCAGUACUGUUUUUGAAAGUAGUAUGCAUCAACUGAUAAAUAAAUUAGUAUGGAGAAAAGAAA